AUGGGGGAAAAUAUCUCCCCGGAGACCGUGUCGAGCAUUAUGCGACAGUUGAAGGACCUGAUGCAGACGCCGGCGGAGGGGAUUCGCGUGCGCGUGAACGAGGAGAACGUCACCGACGUCGUGGCAGAGCUGGACGGACCGGCGGACACGCCGUUCGAGGGUGGGCUGUUCAAGAUGCGGUUAGCCCUACCAGCGGAUUACCCAAACAGCCCACCGAAGGGGUUCUUCACGACGAAGAUAUUUCAUCCGAACAUUCGACAGCCGAGCGGGGAGAUUUGCGUUAACACGUUGAAGCGAGACUGGCAACCGACGCACGGGUUGCGACACAUUCUGAUGGUGAUUCGAUGCCUGCUCAUCGAGCCGUUCCCGGAGAGCGCGCUGAACGAAGAGGCUGGGAAGCUUCUUCUGGAGGAUUACGACGAGUACUUUCGACGCGCAAAGAUGUACACGAGCAUUCACGCUAAGCCCGAAACGGCGAAGAGCGAAACCGCAGGGAUGUCCGCGCCGAGCGAAAAGAAGGUGAAUAAGAAGAAGAGUCUACGAAGGUUGUGA